AGCCAUUUGGGCUCCUCGAGCCUCCACCAUGUCGCGUGUACUGUUCAUCUGGCACUGGCGCGGACAUGACAGAGACGCACCAUGGGAAGGGCAUGCUGAUGCAUGCAGUGCAGAACCACGUGGAGUCCUUCAAUGCAUUCCUUGAGCACGGCUUGGAGACCGUUCUGCAGGAAUUGGGGACCACUGAGGUGGAGCCUUGGGAGGAUGGGCCAAGCCUGAAGAUCUUCGUUUCCGAGCUGACGGUAUCGAAGCCCGUGUGCAAGGCGAAGCGCGCGGAAAAGGAGGCCAACUCGGAGAUAGAGAUGCAGAGGGCUUGGCUGCCCUCGGACUGCCGUAUGUCCCACGCCACCUACGGGGGCGCCUUGACGGCGCGCAUCGAGGCGCGCGUGGAGGGGGGCCAAAUGGUGGGCACCUACGUAGAGCUCGGGGACAUCCCGCUGAUGGUGCGCUCCAAAAAGUGCAAUCUCUGCGGGCUGAGCCCCGAGGAGUUGGUCCGGGCGCGCGAGGACUGCACGGAGUCCGGGGGCUACUUCCUGCUCCGCGGCCUGGAGCGGAUCAUCAGAUUGCUGGUCAUGCCCAAGUGCAACUUUCCGAUGGCCAUCAACCGGCCCUCUUACGAGAGCCGUGGGAAGCUGUACACCCAGCACGCCGUGUUGAUGCGCUGCAUGCGAGCGGACGGCUCGACUCUGACCAACACGCUGCACUACUGCAGAGAUGGCUCUGUUACACUGAGAUUUUCCCACGGCAGGGAGGAGUGGCUCAUUCCCCUCAUUGUCGUAGCCCACAGCCUUUAUCAGGUGUCAGACCGAUUCUUGGUGGAGCUGCUGGCCGGGGGAGGUGUGCCAGAGUCGCAGCCUGGAGAUGAGCCCGGUGCGAACCACGAUCUCUGGGAAACAGUCCUGGUGAUGUUGCAGCAGCAGAACGCGAAGCUCCACAUCAGCAACCGGCGGGAUGCGCGGCAAUACCUGGGUCAGACCUUCCGAGUGGUGCUGCAAAGAGACCUGCCCAGAUCCUUCACGGACGAGCAGAUCGGGGAGUGGAUGGUGAGGCAGUUCUUCAUGGUGCACGUUAGGGACGGGUGGAUGAAGCUGGCCACCCUGAGCGUCAUGUUCCAGAAGCUCAUGGGGCUGGUCAGGGGGGAGGUGGAGCCUGACAACCAGGACACCAUGAGCAGCCACGACGUGCUGCAUCCCGGGCAGCUCUACGGCAUGCUCUUGAAGGAGGCGUUGGAGGUCUCCAUGUUGAAGCUGAAAAUGAUCAUUCGGAAGCUCACCAAAAAGGAGGGCACCAAGGCCAAGUACAAGCUGGAGGACUUCGUGGCGAACGAGGGCAGCAACCUGAAGAAGUUCAUGCAGCAAUCCUCGGAAGUGCAAAAACGCCUUGAGAACUUCCUAGCCACCGGCAACGUGACCUCCAGGAGUGGGCUCGACCUCAUGCAGACCACCGGCUUCACGGUGGUGGCGGACAAGUUGAACCAGGCGCGGUACAGCUCUCACUUCGCCUCCAUCCACCGCGGCCAAUACUUCGCAGAGAUGAAGACCACCACUGUGCGGAAGCUGCUGCCAGAGACCUGGGGCUUCCUGUGCCCCGUGCAUACCCCGGACGGCUCGCCCUGUGGCCUGCUGAACCACCUGGCGCACUCCUGCCACCCCGUGGUGACCCCUGCCAUGCCGGAGGCCCUGGAGGCCCUGAUUCUGGUGCUGCAGCAGAUGGGCGCGCAGAUCUGGACGCCCGACGCAGGGCCGCCCCCUGAGAGUCGCAGUCGUCACGCCUGGGUGGUGGUGGACGGGAUGCCGGUGGCCUACCUGGACCGGAAGCGCCUGGGCUUCGCAGAGCAGUCGCUGAGGAGGAGCAAGGUGGGCCAGAAGCACGGGCUCCCGGAGCACAUGGAGAUUGUGUGCGUGACCCGGCGCUGGGGGAAGCUCUUCACCGGGCUCUUCGUCUUCACCGGCCCGGGGCGCCUGGUGCGCCCGGUGCGCUGCCUCCGCACCCAGGAAACCGAGUGGAUCGGGGCACAGGAGCAGCUCUUCCUGAGCAUCUCGGUGCUGCGCUCGGAGAAGGAGAAGGCGGAGGCCUUGCUCGAUAAAGAGCCCGAAGAUGACGAGGAGUUCCCGGAGCAGCUGCCGCUGCGCUUCAGCCACGAGGAGCUGGAGCCCACGGAGCUCUUCUCGUCCUUGGCGGCGUUGACGCCCUUCUCCAACCACAACCAGAGCCCACGGAACAUGUACCAGUGCCAGAUGUUGAAGCAGACCAUGGCCACGCCCUACCACAACCACGACUUCCGGCCAGACAACAAGAUCUUCAGGAUUUGGUGCCCUCAAAGCCCCUUGGUGCGAACCCAAAUGUACGACAACAUCGACUGCGAUGAGCACCCCAUUGGCACCAACGCGGUGGUGGCGGUCAUCACUUUCACUGGCUAUGAUAUGGAGGAUGCCAUGAUCAUCAACAAGCAUUCCUACGAGCGGGGCUUUGGCCACGGCGUGGUCUACAAGAGCAAGAUCCUGGAUGCUGCCCCCAGGUCGGCCUCAAAGGAAGAGCAGGAGGGAAACCACUUCGCCAACGUGAAGGUGGAUGCACACGGCAGAAUCCUGGAGAAGGUGUCUGACCAGCUGGAACCUGAUGGCUUCCCGGCUCUCGGCACCUACCUGACCCGCGGCUGCCAUCUCUACUGCAAGAUCGACUCCAAGGGCCAGUCCCACGUGGAGAAGUACGAUGACGACGAGCCCUGCUACGUGGAGCAAGUCUGCCGCCUGGACGGCGCCAGCAUUGCGGGCUCCGACCCCGUGAAGCGGGUGAUCAUGAAGCUGCGGUACACGCGGAACCCGGUGGUGGGCGACAAGUUCUCCUCACGACACGGCCAGAAAGGCGUGAUGAGCAUCCUGUGGCCGGCGGAGGAUAUGCCCUUCACGGAGAGCGGCCUGACGCCGGACAUCCUGUUCAACCCCCAUGGAUUUCCAUCUCGCAUGACCAUCGGCAUGCUGAUCGAGAGCAUUGCAGGGAAAGCAGCUUCCUUAGAAGCCAGGAGGACAGCAGAUGCUACCACAUUCAGGCAGUAUUCUGGGUCCUACAGCAACGGCGGCAAUGAGCAGGACCCCUUCAAUCAGGAUGCGGGCAAGGAUGCCCCAAAGGCUGCCGACUACUUUGGCGAGGCGCUCCUGAACCAUGGCUACAAGCGCUUGGGCACCGAGCGCAUGUACUCAGGCAUCCAUGGCUGUGAGAUCGAGACGGACAUUUUCAUCGGCAUGGUGUACUACCAACGCCUGCGGCACCUGGUCAUGGACAAGGCCCAGGUGAGGGCCCGCGGCAAGACCGACCGCCUCACCAACCAGCCGGUGAAAGGACGGAAGAACCGGGGCGGCAUCCGCUUCGGCGAGAUGGAGCGGGACUCCCUGCUGGCGCACGGCACCUCCUUCCUGCUGCACGACCGGCUCAUGCGCAGCUCCGACUUCGACAUGGCCUACGUCUGCCCCUUGUGCGGCUCCGUGCUGGGCCCCCAGUCCAGCGCCAGCUCGGAGCGGUAUGCCGGGGAGGUCUGGGAAUGCGGGGCCUGCAGUCGGAAGGAGAAGCGGCUGGUGAAGUGCCAGUCCAUGCCCGUCCCUUGGGUCUUCCGGUACCUGGCGGUGGAGCUGGCCGCCAUGAACGUGAAGAUGGGCGUGAAGGUGUCGAACCGGGCGCGCCAGGUGUCCCUGUCCUCCAGCCCCUGGGCUGGCAGUUUGGUGGAGUGAGCCUUUGUACAGGUCCAGGUGACCGUUUGCCGUGGGACUUGGCUCCUGUUCCGUUGCCCUGGAGAAUUCUAGCUGGAUGCCAUGCGAACUGCGCUGGCUUGAACAAGCAAUGGACAUGUUGGCUGGUGAAAAAGAGACAGCACUGUAUUGUUUUUUGCGACAUUUGGGCUUGCUGGUUUUUUGCGACCAGUGAGAGGCGUGCUGGUUCUUGUUCAAGCCACCGCAAGCGAGCCGCGAAGCGAGCCGCCGGUGGCUCGCAGAAGCGUGCUGGCACACAAGAUGCUAAGCCCCGCAGCACAGCGGAUGCGCGGGCGACAGAAAGACCGCGUGACUGGCGUAGGUGUGUUCUGCACGCUUGUGCAGUGCACAUUACGCAAGCCAGCUGUCAGCUCACAUGGCUGACAUGACCCAGGGCAGAUUGAUUUGGCA